AUGUUUUUUUUUUUUUUCUUUCUUUCUUUCUUUCUUUCUUUCUCCAUCUUCUUAUUUUCUUUCCACGCGAACGGAGCGAACGCUACAGCCCCGUACCGGUUCCUCGCUUCGCACGGGCACGGCCCGACCGACCCGGUCCUCGGAGCCAAUCCUUCUUCCGAAGUCUAUGCUUUAUCUAUUUUUAAAACUCUCUAUAUGUUUUCUAUUUGGGCUUUUUUUCUAAACUCUAUCUAUCUAUCUAUUCUUAUUCCAUCUUCUACAUAUCUAUCAAAUCUUUUAUUUAAAAUUUCUAUCUAUCAAGAAUAUUUCUAUCAAUUUGUUUUCUUUCUAUCUAGCUAUCUAUCAGUUCUUUUUCAUUCUAUCUUUCUAUUCUUUUUUAUCUAUCUAUCUAUCUAUGAAUUCUUAUUUUAUCUUUCUGUCUAUCAUUUCUUUUUCUAUCUAACCAUCAAUUCUUUUUAUCCAACUAUCAGUCAAUUCUUUUUUCUUUCUAUAAAUUUCUAUUUCCAUCUAUCUAUCAAUCUAUCAAUUCUUUUUCUUUCUAUCUAUCUGUCAUUUUUUUCUAUAUAUCUAUCAAUAAUUUUUCUAUCGAUCUACACUAUAUCUAUUUAUUUUCCAUCUACCAAUUCUUUGUCUGUCUAUCUAUCUAUUUAG